AUGAAGCUUUGGAUUUUUGUUUUAUGCUCAAUUGUGGUUGCAUCUGAUCCUUUCCAGUCACAGCCUUCUUUUUCUUCAGUCAGAGGAUCUUGUCAGAGUCUGUGUUCCUGUGAAGAAAAGGAUGACACCAUGAUUAUCAACUGUGACAAAAGAGACAUCAAGAUGAUAUCAGAAAUAAACGUCCCACCAUCACGGCCUUUCCAUCUUAAUCUGUUAAACAAUGGUCUGAGUAUGUUACAUGUGAAUGAUUUUGCUGGCCUUGUUAAUGCUAUUUCUCUGCAUCUUGGUUUUAACAAUAUAGCAGAUAUUGAGCCUGGGGCUUUCAAUGGUCUCAGCCUACUUAAGCAACUUCAUAUCAAUCACAAUUCUUUGGAAACACUUAAAGAAGAUACGUUUAAUGGAUUGGAAAAUUUGGAGUUUCUUCAAGCAGACAACAAUUUCAUCACAGUGAUUGAAGCAAGUGCCUUUAGCAAGCUCAACAGGCUUAAAGUGCUUAUUUUGAAUGAUAAUGCCAUUGAGUAUCUUCCUCCAAACAUAUUUCGUUUUGUGCCAUUGACCCAUUUAGAUCUGCGUGGAAACCAGUUACAGACACUGCCCUAUGUUGGCUUUUUGGAACACAUUGGAAGAAUACUAGACCUUCAGCUGGAAGACAAUAAAUGGGUCUGUAACUGUGAUUUGUUGCAGCUGAAGAUAUGGCUAGAAAACAUGCCUCCUCAGUCCAUAAUAGGUGAUGUUGUAUGCAAUAGCCCUUCAGUUAUCAAAGGCAGCAUAUUAAGCCGGCUGAAAAAAGAAUCUCUUUGUCCCACCCAUCCUGUUAAUGAACUUGAAGAUCCUUCAGGGUCACUGCCCUUGGUUGUAACCACCUCUAUCAAUGAUAAUCAUCUAUCAACUAAGGUGAUUCCUCUCCUGAAAGCUCCUACUAAAGAACCCAGUUUAGUGCUUCAUACUUCCAAGCCUACUACAUUUCCAGGAAUCUCUUGUCCCGUCCCUUGUCACUGCACCAGCCAUAUGCUCUCAGGAGUUCUUAUGCACUGCCAGGAGCGAAAUAUUGAAAGCUUGUCUGAUUUAGGACCCCCUCCUCCAAAUCCUAAAAAGCUUAUCCUAGCUGGAAACAUCAUUCAGACGUUAUUGAAAUCAGAUCUUGUGGACUAUGCCAGCCUGGAAAUGCUUCACCUGGGGAACAAUCGCAUUGAAAUCCUUGAGGAAGGUUCCUUUAUGAAUCUGACCAGACUACAGAAACUAUAUCUCAAUGGCAAUCAUCUUACAAAGCUAAGUCAAAAUCUCUUCCUUGGCCUUCAGCACCUUGAGUACUUGUACCUUGAAUAUAAUGCCAUCAAAGAAGUUUUGCCAGGAACAUUUAAUGUAAUGCCAAAACUGAAAGUUCUCUACCUAAAUAACAAUCUUCUGCAGGCUUUGCCACCCCAUAUCUUUUCAGGUGUUCCCCUCACCAGACUAAAUCUGAAAACAAACCAAUUUGCUCAUUUGCCUGUGAGCAAUGUCUUGGAUGAACUGGAUAUGCUGGUACAAAUUGAACUUGAAGACAACCCUUGGGACUGUACAUGUGAUUCAGUUGGACUGCAAAAAUGGAUACAAAAAUUGAGUAAGAAUACCAUGAUGGGUGAUAUUUUUUGUAAAUCUCCCGGGCACUUAGCAAAAAAAGAAUUGAAAUCCCUAAAGAGUGAAGUCUUGUGUCCAGGUUUAAUAAACAGCCCUGCCCUACCGACCCAUGCCGGUUUUGUAGUUGUGACAACUUCUUCUCCUACUGCCAACACCGCAGACACCAUCCUGCGGUCUCUUACAGAUGCUGUCCCACUUUCUGUUCUAAUAUUAGGACUGCUCAUUGUGUUUAUUACUAUUGUGUUUUGUGCAGCAGGAAUAGUUGUUCUUGUUCUGCACCGGCGCAGGAGAUGCAAAAAGAAGCAAGUGGAUGAGCAAGUGAGGGACAGCAGCCCUGUUCACCUUCAGUACAGCAUGUAUGGGCACAAGACAACACACCACACCACGGAGCGCCCGGCUGCCACGCUCUAUGAGCAAAGAAUAGUUACCCCCAUGGUUCAGGUGUACCACAGCCCAUCCUUCAGUCCCAAGCACACAGAACAGCAGCAGGAGGAGGGAAGUGAGAAGGACGCUAAUGAUUCCAAAUACCUUCGCAGAAGUCUCCUGGAAAGAGAGAACAGUUCACCACUUACAGGUCCAAAUGUCAAAUACAAGGCUACAGACCAAUCUGCGGAAUUUCUGUCUUUUCAGGAUGCUAGCUGCUUGUAUAGAAACAUUCUUGAAAAAGAGAGAGAGCUGCAGCAACUAGGGAUCACAGAAUAUCUAAGAAAAAAUAUUGUCCAGCUCCAGCCUGACAUGGAAGUUCGUUAUCCUGGAACACAUGAAGAGUUGAAGCUGAUGGAGACACUCAUGUACUCCAGGCCAAGAAAGGUUUUUCUAGAACAAACUAAAAAUGAGUAUUUUGAGCUCAAGGCUAAUUUACAUGCUGAGCCUGACUAUCUGGAAGUUCUGGAGCAGCAGACGUGA